CCACUGACACCUGUCACAUCAAGUAUCUGUCACCGCGACGUCACUGCCUGCAUUGGCACAAGCAGUUCGCAAAUAAGGACUCUCUCGAGUCCACCUGUGGCCUUACCUUGCGUAACUUACUAUUAUAGUGUCAUGGGAAACCACCACAGCCAUGAAGAGAAGGGUGAGAAGCAGGAAAAGGGCGGAAGCGGACUGAACACGCCGAGAGGGGGUUCUCGGCGCGGGACUGUCACAUCUGUGCCAAAAUCAGGUUCUGGAGCUGAUAUCCAGGAGCCAGAGAAGCCUCAGACGUCCAUGGUGCCCGUGGAGAAGCUUGGGAAGCUUCUCGCGCAAAGAUCUCAAAAAGAAGAUGGCGUUAACGGCGUUACAGAGAAAUCGUUUACAAAAUAUCUGUUCCCCAUGUAUCCAGAACUAGCUCACCAGUUCUACGCGUACAUCCACAAAGUGGGCAAGUGCAAGAACCAGCACAUCCCGGCGUCCGUCUUCAGGGUGCAGUGCGAGAAGAUACUCGCCAUGUUGGACGACGCGGCCAUUAUAGAGACUUACGUCAGGAUGUUUUCCGUAGAAGAGGAAGAAGAAGGGACAGUGUCAGCGGCAGCCCUGCGCGCUCUGCUCUACACUAGCUACAAACUAUCCAUGGACCACUACCCUGAUGGGCCGCAGACCUGUCUUGCGAUAAACAAGGUGCUAAACUCGGUGGUGAACGGCUGCUUCAACAAGAAGGACUCCCACUCCGUGGGUUUUGUGGUGCGCUGGCUGGAGCAGCAUUGCCACCGUCUCAUCUUUCCUGUGCACAGAUACUGUGUCCACAUGCUCGCCACCCGCCACCGCGACAUCUCCGCGCACGUGGAGUCAGACGGAGCCGGCGCGGGACUCGAACUGGCGACCCCUGUUCUAGAACGGGCGAGGGCUGGCGUCGGCAACUUGCUGCCCGCUAGUGGGGCUUGGUUGUUGGCUGGUACCGCCCCUCCACUCUACAGUAGACCGGUACAGCCUCCCCCACUACCGCAUCACGCGGGUACCCUGGCAUCGACAGCGUGGCUGGCGCGACUGGUGUGUGCGUUGCCGUCCCACUGGGCCCCGUUAUACAACUCCAACGAACAUGGACUGGGCGCUAAUAGAUUCCUACACCAUACGCUUAACUACAGGGGCCCGACGCUGGUGGUGGUGGCGGGUGGCGAGGACCUGAAGGUGGUGCUGGCGUGUCCGCAGGAGUGGCGCGACACGCACACGUACUGGGGCACCGCCGACUGUGCCCUCAUACAGCUCUUCCCCACAUUCUCAAUAGUGGAGCACGCGCCUAAAAUGAUCUACCUGAACACAUCGAUCCGCGGCUACCCGAAGGGCUUGCGGGCGGGCAGCGACCCGCGCAAGCCUUUACUCAUCAUCGAAGAGGGCUUCGACAAGAUGUCCUUCAACAGCGUGCCUUACACGUUGCGAGCGAUCGAGGUGUGGGGCUGCGGCGACCAGGCCUCGAGAGAGAACCAGCUCGAAGUGAAAAAGUGGCAAGUCAGGGAAGCCGAGAGACAACGACAGGUGAAGCUAUCAGCGGCCGACUGGAUCGAACACCCGGACCGCUACCUCCUCGAGCUGGCCGGCCGACCCCAGUACAAUAACUCGGCUAGCUAGGACAAUGGUUAAAGGCUCAUUCACACUGUUUCCUUAUUCUUUUUAUCCCAUCGUUGAGAGCGGGACAAAAAGCAAAACGAAACACUAUUGACGGUGCGAGAACGAAAGAGACGGUGGAUAUUCUCAUGUAAGUUUUUGCACCUGGGCCUAAAGCAUCUAGUGAUUACAUAAAGGAAUACUAUGGCAUGUAAAGUAAGUAGUGUAAAAUAUUGUGGUUGCAAAAUAAAUGAAUUAAAUGGCGUUGUACCGUCCGUACAACUCAUCUACUUUAACCUUUUGGACGCCAAUGACCGAUAUAUCCGCACCGCAGGUUCAACGCCAAAGACCGAUUAAUCGGUCACAGACCAGAGAGCAACAUAGACCUACGUGCAUAUGCAUAAAGUUCAAUUUCAGUUUUGACACUUCGGUGACGUGGCGUCCGAGUGACAGCUUUUGUAUUUGACACGGCGUCGAAGAGGUAACGGUCAAAUUUGCGGUUAAAAUGUUUUGCACAAUUUUUUAUUCCUUUGUCUAUUCUAUAAGAUAAGAUAGUAACUGAUAUACCUAGAUUUGAUUAUGAUCUAGAUAUUCUACGGUUAGUAGAAUGGUAUAUGAGGCGUUUAAAAGUAUACUGAACGUUUUGAAAGUGAUCGAAAUAGCACAACCAUUUCAGCGUUCAAAGUGUGAAAAUGUGAUUAUCAAUUGUGUAACAUUUAGUAGUUUUUAGUGUUAUAAGCGUAAUUUUGUUUAACUAUCGUUAUCAUAAUAUUCAUAUAUUAUAUCAAACUUAAUAUAGGUAAAAAACUUUAAAGUGUAUUUUUUUGGAAAAUGGUGGAAAGAUUAUAAAAUGACGUAAGGUUUACAUACUCGUUAUUUGCAAUCUUGAAUCAAUCUGACCACUUAAAAUAUAUUUUUUAUGAAGAUUAAUGAGAAAUAGUUGUCAAUUUAAAGUAAUUUAUUUAACUUUUCCAGGUCGCACCAAUAUACAGUUUUCGUAAAAAAUCCAAAUAUGUAUAUUCCAAUUAAUCCAACUUUGAUGAUAAUAAUAAUAAAGUUCUUUAUUUAGAUAACCAGGAUCCACAGUAUAUUGUUAGUUGCAUAUUUUAUGUUUUAUUCUGUUAUUCACUUGAAUACAAGUCACAUUUCCCGAAAGUGCAAUAUAAUUUGAACCUGAAAUCUGAAUGCUAAAGUUGAAAUUCGAUAAAUCAUACUAUGCCUGGUAAAGGGUUUAACUCUAAGUAUGUGAAGAAUAAUUAGAAAUAUUUGUCACUGUAAAGUAAUUAAUUUAAUGUGUUUUUGUAAAUUGUAUACAACUACAUGCUAGUAGAGCUGUAAGCUAAGUUUUUUACCUAUAGUUCUUGCAUUUUACGAAGACGUUGACAGUAACUCUUAUUAUAAUUUCGUCAUAUCCACUCACUAUGGUGAAAUGCAGGAAUUAACCUCGUGCCGCCCACCAUACAAAAUUAUAGCCAAGGAAGUUUGAAUCUUGUUGUACUUUCAAUUAGGUUGAAUUUCAUUUGUUCGGAAAUAUUACGAGACAAAUGAAAUGCUACCUACUUCGUUUGUAAUUAAGGUUGACAUUCCAUCGAAACUAAGUGUACAUCCUAAUGUACAUUGUACAUUGGGCGGCACGAGGCUAAAAUAAUUGUAAAAUUUUCACUUCACGUGUUUAAUUUUCUCGUGUACUUAAUUUAUAUUAUUAAUUAUAUAAGUAUGCCAAAUAUUCCAGGGAACAUACCUACAUAAAUUAUAUCACACGAAAUUUAAGAUUCUAAGCAAGUGUUACAUUAAAGUAACCAGGUUGCUUACAACUAUUUAAAAGUUAACUAUUUAAAGUUAAAUAAUAAAUAUACACUUUAGGACUCAGUCUAUUAAUAACAAUUAUGUAUUGCUGUUUAUUUAAAACUAUUAUAUUUUAUAUCGUGCUUAUUCAUCUAAUGAUAUUAUUUUAUAGUGUUAAAGUCAUUAAGAGGAUAGUAGACGACUCUUAUUUGGGCCGAAUUUUAUUUAGUUGUCGAUUUAUUCGUCAGAUUUCUAAUUUGGUGGAUAUAUAGUUCCCUAUUCUAUACAAUAUCACAGUAUGUCCUAAAAAAUCUUCCUCUGAGUUACGAAAACGUAUGGCACAGUCGCCAUCAGAUUUAUCUGAGCGGCCAAGACCUUCACAAAUAUCUGAACAAAGCCUCUAUUGUUGAGACGUUAAGUGCACGUUCAGAUAUUUUUGAAUAUAUGGUAUUCAUUUUUUAUGUGGUCAUUAUAUUUUUUAGGUGGUCAUAAUAUUUUUGACCACCUUUGGCUAUCUAAUGGCGUCUACUUUCGUAACACAACGGAAUACAUAGAAUUACAUAGAUAUUUUUCGGGACAUUUUGUGAUUUCGUAUUUUCGUAUUCCGCCCAGAAUGAGAAACUUUACACCAGCCACAUUGUAUCCAAAUCUAACGAAAAUAAAUUGUCAAAAAAAUUAUAUCGGCCAUUUGCUUUUUAAGGUCCACUAUCCUCUUAUUUACCUUUUAAAUUUAAGCAUUAAUUCUCAUUUAAAUUGUUAUUGGAUCUGGGCAAAGGAAAACUAUUAGGCGCGCCAUUUUAAUGUUGACUAACAUGUGACUGUUAACUGUAAAUAGAUAGUUGCUCAAUAGAAAAUGAUUCCAUUUGGGCGUAAAUGUAGGACUGUUUAGAAUAGAUUCUGUCACAAGGGAGCAAAAUUACAUUUUUACGGCGAGGGCGUACGUUGAAUCCUAGGUGUAGUGAAGGAUUCUAGUGUUAACGCCCAAGGUGGAAAUAAUUUUGCUACCAUGUAACACGUACUGCUUUUCACAUCACAUAUGAGGAAAUUAUUAUGUUUCAUAAUAUCAUGUAAGCUAAAAAAAUAGUAUACAAAAAAUGUCUCCUAGAACAGUAAAGUGGUCAUUUGACCCUUCCUAGCAGGGAAGAAAAGGGCGUUUUCUGAAUAGGUGAUGUGAAAAGGAUAUUGUAUUGGUUAAGGUGUGGUUUCCUAGGAAAGCGAUGCCGUCAUAUGGCGGCCGUAAUAGAGCGGAGAAUGACGUCACUAGAACGUUGUCUAUGUAAACAAAAUGGCGCGGUUUCCUAGAGUGCGGUGAUUGACACCGUAACGUCGAAAAGCGGUGCCGCCAUUUGCAUGACGGCCGUCUUCACGGUGUCGUUAGUUCGUGAACAUUUUAUUUGAUAGCGGUGAAGCCAUUUCUAUGACUAUAUUAUAGGUAUUGGGGUUUUUUGGACCGGACCGAUGUGCAAAAUGAGUUCCAAAUUCAACUGGAGCAGCAAGGACGACGAAAUAGAAAUAGAAUGAUAGUUCAUCAGCCAAGUAAAUUAUUAAAGCUAUAUCGAGGCCGUCCUUUUCUCACCUGGAAACGUUUCGUUUGACGCUGGCGGCCGACGCUGUGUUACACGGCCGUAGAACUUUACACAUGUCGCCACCGUAAACACGGGCGUCGUUUUGCUUACGGCCCCUAUACAUAUGACGGCACCGCUUUCCUAGGAAACCAGAGCUUAGAGUGGAAUUAGUGUUAACAAUAUAGCGUUAGACCAAGAAAAGUAUGCAGAGAUUUUUACAGCACACGCGGUGCCAGUGUUAUACGUCAUAAUUUCAUAACAGUUUGACGUUUAAAAUAACACCUGCACUGCGUGUGCUGUCAAAAUCUCUGCAGACUUUUCUUGGUCUAACUCUAACAAUGUUUGCUAGUGUCAAGAAAUACUGAUUCCUAAUGUAGAAAAGUGUCAACUAGUGUUGGAAAGUGUUAAAUAGUGUUGGAAAGUGACAACUAGUGUUAAAUUGUUCCGGCUUAUAUAAAUGCAAGGAAAAAACACUAAUGAUCGUUCCUAAAUUGAGAGCCAUAACGUUGUGAGUCAUUCAAGUGUUUGUUUAGCAAUUGUCAAUGUUAUAAAUAAAUCACUCAUUAUUAUGUAAAAGUAUAUUUGUGACGUCCCAUGGGUAAAUGUACCUUAUGGCGGUUGGCGCUUACGCUAUUGCUACGCUGGUGCUAUGCGACGUAAGCGCCAGACGCCAUAAGGUACAUUUUCCAUGAAACGUCACAUUUUGUGUAUAGUUUGUAAGGGUUGAUUUUGAUGGUGGACCAAAUAUUAUCGUUAUUUAAUUACCUGGACUUGAGUAUGUAAAUAAAAUUGACAUACUACUUAUCUGCCUAUGUUCAGGGUUGAUUCACAAACAGCAUCAUUAUCACUAGCAUUUUUUAGCAAUUUUAAGUUUUACGUAUUUAAUGAUUCGAGUUUGUAAUCCGCUUACUGCCCAUGAUACAAUGUUUUUCUUCAUAUUUGCGAGGAAAUAAAAAAUACGUACAGGCAAAAGGUAUGUAGCCAAGAUACGCGAGCAGCCGGCGCCUUCAUACGCUGCAGCCGAGCGGUCAAUGACACCUUCUCGUAACUCAUGAGGCCCUGGUACUAGCUCCUUGUUAGGGCUCCGUACCCAAAGGGUAAAACGGGACCCUAUUACUAAGACUUCGCUGUCCGUCCGUCCGUCCGUCCGUCUGUCACCAGGCUGUAUCUCACGAACCGUGAUAGCUAGACAGUUGAAAUUUUCACAGAUGAUGUAUUUCUGUUGCCGCUAUAACAACAAAUACUAAAAACAGAAUAAAAUAAAGAUUUAAAUGGGGCUCCCAUACAACAAACGUGAUUUUUGACCAAAGUUAAGCAACGUCGGGAGUGGUCAGUACUUGGAAGGGUGACCGUUUUUUUUCCUUUUUUUUGUUUUUUUUUGCCUUAUGGUACGGAACCCUUCGUGCGCGAGUCCGACUCGCACUUGCCCGGUUUUUCAAUUCAGUUUUUAGACAGUUGAAUUCUAGCUAAACUACAGCAUGCGAUAAGUUUUUGAAAAGCUAAAAAAGUUCUCGGAUAUUUCAGGAAAAUUUCUCAUGAAACAAAGGUAUUCAUUUUGAAAAUAGAAAGUUUCAAUUAAGAUAUGAGAAACCUCCAAAAUUCUAAAUUUCGCAAGUUUGGAAACUUUCGUAAGUAAGGCAAAUCUAAUUUGCCAUUAAAUAAGAACUAAAAAGCCUAUACUCAUUCUUUUGGGUGCUAGUACUAGAGUGACAAAAACUGUUUGAUUACCUAUCUCUGAUGUCUAUAUGUUUGAAAUGAAACAGUCCCUGGCCAAAAAAAUGUGCUUUAAAAUAUCAAUGUAUUUGAGUCCUAAUUCGCUUUGUAUCACCAUUGUGAAGUGUUAGACACGGCUUAUUGUUCCGGUGCUCUUUAUUGCCUUUGUAUAUCAAUUAAAAUGAUGAAUAAACUAUUUUACAUACA